AUGGCUAGAAUGAUGCCGACCUCCGGCAAAUACAUUCUUUCUAAGUAUAAGCUGAACAGACUCAAGAGAAUCGAAGAUUUUGUUGCAGAAUGCGUUGAGAUCAACGUACCAUUCAACAACCCAAUUACUAGGUUCUACGCAUUCACCCACAAGGCUGGCGUCCAUGCCAAUGCAAUCCUCAACGACCCGUCCACGUGUGAGAUCCUCAAGCCCGAGGAUAUGACUGACGCCCAGAUUGAGGAAUGUACGGCUAAGCUUGAGAGCAUGGCGGAUCUCAAGGUGAUGUCACUUGAUGAGAGCGAUGCCCUGAUCAGAAGCUUUCACUUGGAACUACAAAAUGAAAAUGGAGCAUAG